CUACACCCCGCCCCUAGAAGACAGCGGAACUGAGAAGAGAAGAGGCCUGUGGACAGAACAGUCAUGUCUGACUCCCUGGUGGUAUGUGAGGUGGAUCCAGAGCUCAAGGAAAAGCUGAGGAAAUUCCGCUUCCGAAAAGAGACGGAUAAUGCAGCCAUAAUAAUGAAGGUGGACAAAGACCGACAGAUGGUGGUGCUGGAGGAAGAAUUUCAGGACAUUUCUCCAGAGGAAUUAAAAGCAGAAUUGCCUGAGAGACAGCCCAGGUUCGUGGUUUAUAGCUACAAGUAUGUGCAUGAGGAUGGACGAGUAUCCUACCCCCUGUGUUUCAUCUUCUCCAGCCCUGUGGGCUGCAAGCCUGAACAACAGAUGAUGUACGCAGGCAGCAAAAACAGGCUGGUGCAGACAGCCGAGCUCACAAAGGUGUUUGAAAUUCGCACCACUGAAGACCUCACCGAGGCUUGGCUCCGAGAGAAGCUGUCAUUCUUUCGUUGACUUCUGGGAUGGGGUCUGAAUUCCUAGAAUCUGAACACUGGAGACCCUAAAGAAAUUAAAAUGCAAGAACUCAGAGAUCCUCCUA